UAUUAUUAUUAUUAUUUACUGUCAGCUGUAAAAAGGAGACAUCUUUGACGGAAUUUAUACGAGAUUGUUUCUUUGUCUGUUUAUUAAUCGAUUUAUCCGUUCUGUUCCACACACACACACUAACACGCGCACACACGCAUCUAUAUAUCUGUCUGUCUUUCCCCCUCUCUCUCUCUCUCUCUCUCCAUAUACAUACAUACAUACAUACAUACACAUAUAUAGAUAUAUAUAUAUAUAUAUAUACAUACAUAUUUACGUUUGUCUUGUCAUGUCAAAAUUUCUCAAUGAAACAUUUAAAAAUCACCUAAAACAAUAGAAACACACACACACGCAUUAUACAUCUCUCUCUCUAUCUAUCUAUCUAUCUAUCUCUAUCUAUCUAUCUCUCUCUAUCUAUCUAUCUAUCUAUCUAAUUAUAUAGAUAGAUAUGCAUAUAUGCAAACGCACACACUUACACAAUAUGUAUUACAUGCUACUGUAAUUCCUUGUUAAAUAAUAUGGAACUGUAAUCUUUUGUCACAAAUACUAUUCUGUGUAUGUGUAUAUAUAUAUAUAUAUAUACAUACAUAUAUUUAUAUAUAUAUACUGUUCUGUAUCUUAUUCUGUUACUGAUCCCUCUUAUUGAUACUCCACCCGUACACUAUAUACACAGACUCCUACUAUACAUACAUACACAUAUACACAGUGUCUGUCGCUUCUCCCAGCUCUAGCUCUUCGUUCUCUGUCGAUCUAUUUAUUUAUUUAUCUAUCUAUCUGUCUGUCUGUCUCUGCUCGCCACUGACAAUAUUUCCAAGGUUUCAAUCCCCACUACUAAUCACCAUCACCACCACUUCCAUCUCCACACAGACAUACCCAUAAAAUGGCUCUAGUGUAGGUCUAAUACAGUCGUCAACGUCGCACCAUCCAGGCGUCGUCUAUUGGAUAGUUGACAACCAACUAAACACAAUUAUAUUCCAUCCACACAAUUAAAAAAAGCUUCUAGUAUAUAAGGAUAUCUCUCUCUCUCUCUCUGUCUCUCUCUAUCUAUCUAUCUCUCUCUCUCUCUCUCAUAUCCAUGUACUAAUGCAUUCUUCGUCGCACUGUGUUUUGUACACAUACGAAUCUACACCCAUUCACUACCGCCUCUUACACAUUCACAAUUUCACAGACACGCACUCACACACACAUACAUAUAGUCUCGUAUACGGAUGUUAGUUCCUAUCGUCGCUCACACAGCAGUUACUAAAGAACAAACACAGUAAACAAGGACUAAAACAAUGGAAUAAUUUUCGACAAUAACAAAAGCAACAUCGAUUUUUAUCUAGAAUGUAAUCCCUGUAAACAGUGAAAAAUUGUCUAAAACUGUUGAUAAUGGUGACUAUUAUUGUUGUUAUGUCUUGAUAAUUACGAUAAUAAUGUUGGUAUUCGUUGUAAGGAGACUGCAGCUACAAGUGGUUGUUUUCUCGUGAAAUGGCAUCGCACAGUAAAGACGGCAGCCAUCCUGCCGGAACUGGUGCAGUCUGCGACAGUAUGGAUCGUUUAGGGGAUGUUUGGCAGCCCCUAGCGAUGGACGAUCAAGGAGGAUCGAGUCAAGAAAAAUGCUGGACGACUACAGCAACAGCAACAAUACCCAUACCCACGAGAACAAUAGCGAUCAGUCCUUCAUCGACUGCGACUGGCUCUAUGGAAGGUCAAUCUACUGACCACCACUACAACCUUCACCACAACUACCCAUUGACGAGUGUACAGAUGUCAUCGUCACCACCCCUAUCAUCAUCACCACCAUCAUUAUCAUCAUCAUCGUCAUCAUCAUUGUUGUAUCAGUCUCGCUGUAGAUCAGCUUCGUCGUCGUCCGUGGGGACGGUUGCGGCGGCGUCGAGUUACCCUUACAGCCACGCAGCACACUCGGGUGGGUCUUCGAUUGGACUUACUCGAACGACCACCACCACGUCGGUAGCCUCCACUUUGUUGUACGAGAACCCGGAGUUGCGUGAACAUGAACCUAUGACUGGACUACUAGGACUUAUUCCCUCGAAGGCCCUUAAAGGGAUGUUUAACGAGUGUGAACUGUUGUUGACCUGUAUAGCUGCAAGCGGGGAAUACAUAUGUCUUGGUACCAAUGUUGGCCUCGUCUUCAUGUUCAACAGAAAGAAACGUUGCCUGGAGAGGUUACGCUGUGAGAAAAAUGAUGAAUUGGUGACGUGUGUGAAGAUCCAGCAUGGGAUUGACUACCAAGUGGCUGCUGGUACUUCUAUGGGAGGUUUAUAUAUGUUUAACAUUCCAUCAGAUCUGGUAGCUAACCGAAAGCUACCUCAACGUUUCUCUGUCCAAGAUGUCCACAGUACACCUUUGACGUGUCUAGAAUGGAGUCCAAAUGGUAUGAAAUUGUUCAGUGGAGACAAGAAAGGUGUGGUAGUUUGUACCGAAGUGGAUUUCCAGAAGGGCCGGUGCCAGUCUUCGGUGCUGCUAACAGAAUUCUUGUCUGAAAUUGUUCAACUCAGCUAUUUCCAAAGGGCUCUUUUAGUGUCCACAAGCAUGCGUGCCCUGAUUUGUCGAACAGACAGAGACAAUGAAAUUAUCCAAGUUGGACAAAAGAAACGAAAAAUACCUGGUAACUAUGGUGCUUGCUUCAUCCCGAUGUUGUGCAAAUUAGCUGAUGCCCAGUUGUACGCUGGACGACCCGGUCAACGUGUUUGGAUGUCUAACAUUGAUGGCGUAGUGCAGGCCACUCACAUCUUUAAGCACCUCACUACAGACUGUCGGGAAAUCCCCCUCUUGCAUUACGAUCACUAUCACUCCACUGACAACUUGGCAGUUACAGACCAGCAGUUUGGUCACCUUUGUCCUUACGGUGACAGCCGGCAAAUUGUCACCUGGAAUAAGAAAGCCCUCUUUCUUCUGGACCCCGAAAAGAACGUGGUCAUUGGUAAACAAGACCAGUUCGGUCACAUCAUUGAUGUGGCAAUUAAUUCAAAAGAAAUAUUUGUCUUAACACGGACUUCAAGCAGACAAGUCAUUCGGAUAUCUCCACAACCAGAAUGUCAAAGAUAUAAAGUUGGACUGACCGUCAACAUCACUGCGGCCAACGCAUCCAAGAACGAAGACGAAUAUCGCAACAGAUCCAAUUCUCCAAUCCAUUUCCUUCCAGCCAAUAUUUUCGGAAUCAUUCGACCGAAAGAAUCUAAGUAUUCACCAUCAGCUUACUCAAGGAAAUCUUCCGAGCCUAAAAGCUCUGAAUUUCAGCUCCCUAAAGAAGCUCGUAGUCGAACACGCUCUUUAUCCUCGCAAGAUGAUCUUAACCGUUCGAGCGACAGCAACAGCUCACAAAGAACUUCUCUAGACUUUGCAAAAUCCAUGUUCCAACCAAUCGAGAAAAGAGGCAAAUCGGACACUAGCAAGGAGUCUGUCAGUAAGUCUCCCCGAACGGUGUUGCCUCCGUUGAUAACCCUCCCCUCUGAUGACAUCAUCCAACUUGAAUUGUUUUCCCAAGCUAUUGACAAUGAUUCCGGUUACGAUCCUCACACGGCAAACGAGGAAAUCUGCACAGGUAUUGCAGCUACUGAGCUUAUCGGUGCCGAUGCCAUGUCGGAAGACAAAGGUGGCUCUGCUGCUGAGCCAGUGUCGCACUCAGAGCGAAAGAACUCCAAAAUGUUGGUGAGACGCAGCUUCGUCGACAGGAUUGACAUGUCAAAUUACGACGACAAUGAGAUCGUUUUCAAAAGUAAGACGAAGAAGAAGAAACAUGGUUCCGGUAUUAAAUCCAAAAAACGCUUCAGCUGUAUUGAAACUACCUCCCAGCUCUCAGAUACUUGUUCUGUGGACAGCCUUGAAAUAUCAGCCACCCCAAACAGUGUCUGUGAUAACAUCAAGGCUUCUUCUUCGAACCUUCAGCACAAAACCCUGACUAACAAUUCUUUUGAGCCAUCACUAAAUCUCAGUGACCAACUCGUUCUGACUGCAACUUCUCCAGGAAGCUGCCAGUCUCUGUCUUCGACCGACAACUCUUCUGCCACAUCUCCAGAGAAUCCAGAAAAUUUUACCGAUUCAGAUGAGAAUCUAAUACCUCCAUCUCUCCCUGUAAUCACCUGUUGUAGGUCUGUUGAGAAAGAAACUGAUGAAACACUGAUGAAAUUUAAAGAAACCAAGGUUGUCAAGUCUGAACCAAUCAGAACUGACAUUGCCAGUGAUAAUACAUCUUUGAAAGCAGAACUUAAUAAUAGUUCUGCUGAAAAAACUCAGAGUUUGCCUCGCAACACAGUUCAAAUAGACAAUGAUGAAGGCAAUAAAGGUAUUCAGGAAAACACCACAAAGAUUUUUGUCCAGGACUUGAGUUCUAGUUCUGAUUCCAGUCCCUUGGGUGAAACUCCUGUCAGUUCGUCGACUGGAAGUAAUAAAUUAUCCGAGGAUCGCAAAACAGCUGCUCCUUUAUCCAGACGCAAUGAACCCAUAAAAAGUGCAUCCUCUCCGCAACUAUCCUCAGAGAAUACGUCAGAAAGUGAGCAACCCGAAUGCAACAACUCUCUGCAUGUCUGCACCGUUGCUGACAAGGCUUUGUCACCUUUAGAAAAAAUUGUCGACAGUACAGGUAACAUGACAUUAGAAAACGGUGAAAAUGUUUCGUAUUACACGGAGAGCAAUGACGCUAAUGAAACAGCUCGUUAUGACUUUGACUCUCCUAAUCACUGUCCGAGACCUGCCAAUCUUUCAACCGAUGUUAAUCCUUCACCACAGCAGCUGACCCAUGAAACUUCAUCCAAACCACCAUUUCACAGGUCAGAGAGUGCAGAUUCUACAACCGAAGAAGACUUUUAUAGAAUGUAUCGAUCUUCAUCUUCUGUUAGCUUUCUAGAAUCUCCUCUACAGCCUUCUAAUAAUGGUGUCACACAUCUUUCCAGUUCUGAUAACAAAUCAAGUUCUGCUUUCACGAAUUCCAAAAAUCUCUCCAAACUCCAAGAGCAAGAAAAAGAUAGGAAAAACGAAGUGUUGCCAAAGCAAAUUCUUCUACCAAAGUUAGUUAACAGUUGGUUGGUGUGGAGUGUUCCAGAAAAUAUCCACAGUUUAUCUGCGACUCAUUCACACAUUUGGUACACAGACAGAAGUGAAAACCUCUUCUAUCGACAAACAGAUUCGAUGUCAGGAGCCUGGCAUAAAGUUGACUUGUACGCCCAUCAAAUUGCUGUUUCACGCUCUGGCAAUAUAUUUUGGCGCCUCUACCAAAACACAGUGUACGUAGCUAUAGGAGUGAGUGCACGAAAGCCCGAGGGUAAAAAACAGGUGGAAGCCAUCCGAGACGUAUCCUAUAUUGCUGUCGACAAUGACUGUGGAUGGUAUAUCAAGGUAAAUGGAGAGAUAGCUGUGCAUAAAAAGCUUUCAAGAGAGCGACCAGCAUACCGUAGUCAGAAAAUACCCUGUGAAUAUAACCUCAUCCAACUAGCAUGUCUGAAUCAAGUAAUCUGGGGCCUUACCAAAGAAGGACAGCUUGUGUGUCGAGCUGGUGUCUCUGACCAGCAUCCAGAAGGAGACGAAUGGUGUAAAUAUGAGGGCCCAUCUAACUGGCAUGUUCCUGAAAUGAUGAAUAUCGCAUUAGGUGACAACAACAUUGGCUGGUGUGUGGAUACCCAAGGUCGGGUGUGGUUCUGUACAAAUGUAACUCGAGAACAUCCUUUCGGACAAGGAAUGUGGUACCAGGUUGCCUUUAGUGAUUAUUUCAUGAUGGACCCAACGAUGACCGACAUGAUGAGGUCUGUGGCCGAACGACUCGACCCACAGAAGUUGUCCCAAUUGCUAAUAUCUCCAAGAGGGGGCGGACUGAUUGCUGCUACGCAUGUCGGCACCUGGUUUGUGCCAAGUUAUAGAAAUGUCAUUCAAGUUUGUAAAAGUAUCAUGCAAGGUCAUCACUGGACCAUAACUCCACCCCUUGGCAUGGCUAUAUCAUCGUCUUGGAGAUUAGUUAGUGCUGGUGCAUACACCGAAGAACAUGAAUAUAUCUGGGCACAGCAUGUCAAUGGAGAAAUGGUGAUAUUCUCACCGGAAGCUCGUCACUUCAAGAUGGUCUCCCAACCUUCAAUUACAAACCACUUCAUUUGUAUUAGUGCCUCCGAAGAUUCCCUGUGGGGUCUUGCUACCAAUGGAACCAUAUAUGUCCGCAGUGCUGUCCGCAGUAGUUGUCCUGAAGGAAUUAACUGGGUGCGAUUGGAUCUAGAGCAGCUAGGAAACAAUUUCUUUACCCAUCUGUCCUGCGGCAGUGACUGUAUCUGGGCUGUGGAUAACAAAGGCAGCGUCUACCACAAGUUUGGAGUGCAUCCUCCGUCUCAUACUGUCUUCACGCCUGUCUGGCUCCAGGUGGACCCAGAGCCCAAUGGUAUAUGCUUCACUCAAGUAAUAGCCGGACCUGAGAACUGGAUGGUGUGGGCUAUUGACAACCGAAAGCAAGUGUACAUGAGGGACGGUAUCUCAGAUAAAAUGUCUAUUGGAACGAAAUGGUGCCAGAUUACUGGUACCCCUGCAAAUCAGUUAAGUAUAAGCAAGUUAACUGUCUGGGCCCUAAAUCCUGAGGGAGAAAUAUUGCACAGACUUGGCGUCUCUAUUGCUAACCGAGGUGGAGAUUACUGGAAGAAAAUACCUGGUGUAUUUUCUUUUCUAUCAGCCUCUCCGUCUAACGAGCUGUGGGCAAUCAGUAAAGAACUGCAGCUGUAUCGUCAUCACACGAAGUUUAUUUAUCGCAAACGUCAAUCAGCAAUGCCUGCUGCACCUGCUGACCUGCUGGACCAAUCGACAAUGGAAGAUGAUUGGGAAAUUGUAUAAUUACUUACCACCACCACCACCGCCGCCGCCCAUUUACACACACACACACACACACACACACACAUAAACAAAACACACAUGUAUAUAAGUAACCCUUGACCUGCUAGAAAUAAACAGCCAAAUUUCUACCUUCUUUUUUAAAAACAGGAAGGACACAUUGGAUUAUGUUACGUAAUCGUUGAGAUACAGGAAGAUCUUUGACCUGCUAGAAAUAACAGCCAAAUUUUUACCUUCUUUUUAAAAACAGGAAGGACACAUUGGAUUAUGUUACGUAAUCAUUGAGAUACAGGAAGAUCCUUGACCUACUAGAAAUAACAGCCAAAUCUCUACCUUUUUAAAAACAGGAAGGACACAUUGGAUUAUGUUACGUAAUCAUUGAGAUACAGGAAGAUCCUUGACCUACUAGAAAUAACAGCCAAAUCUCUACCUUUUUAAAAACAGGAAGGACACAUUGGAUUAUGUUACGUAAUCAUUGAGAUACAGGAAGAUCCUUGCCCUGCUAGAAAUAACAGCCAAAUCUCUACCUUUUUAAAGACAGGAAGGACACAUUGGAUUAUGUUACAUAAUCAUUGAGAUACAGGAAGAUCCUUGACCUGCUAGAAAUAACAGCUAAAUUUCUACCUUCUUUUU